CUAUGAGCAUUUGGCGAAAAUAAGAGUAGCGAGAGAAGUGCCUCCAGAGUGCAACUGCCCACCAGGUCCUCCAGGGAAACGAGGUAAGCGAGGCAGAAGAGGAGAGACUGGACCUCCUGGUCAACCUGGUCCUCAAGGCCCUCCUGGUCCAAAAGGCGAGAAGGGAGAUCAAGGUGAUCAGGGCCCUCGGAUGGUGUUUCCUAAAAUCAAUCAUGGGUUUCUCUCUGCUGAUCAGCAGCUCAUUAAACGCCGCCUCAUUAAGGGGGACCAAGGACAAGCUGGACCCCCUGGGCCUCCAGGGCCUCCAGGACCCAGAGGUCCCCCAGGAGAUACUGGCAAAGACGGUCCUCGAGGGAUGCCUGGCGUACCGGGGGAGCCAGGAAAACCAGGUGAACAAGGAUUGACAGGACCUCAGGGGCCUGCAGGACAAAAGGGUUCUGUUGGAGUGCCUGGUGUUCCAGGGAGAGAUGGGCAAGUGGGUGAACCAGGUUUGCCUGGUAUAGCAGGAGAGAAGGGAGCAGCAGGGCUUAAGGGUGACCCUGGAGAGAGAGGAGAAAAGGGUGAUGCUGGAGAAAAUGGACCCAAGGGUGACACAGGAGAAAAGGGUGACCCUGGUUCUUCUGCUGCAGGAAUUAAGGGUGAACCUGGUGAAUCUGGACGGCCUGGACAAAAGGGUGAACCAGGUCUUCCUGGGCUUCCUGGACUCCCUGGGAUAAAGGGUGAACCAGGUUUCAUUGGUCCACAAGGAGAACCUGGAUUACCAGGGCUACCAGGAACAAAGGGUGACAAAGGGGAAGCAGGCCCUUCUGGGAAGGGAGAGCGAGGUGAACCUGGUACUCCUGGACCAAAGGGGAAAACAGGUGAACCUGGAUCUAGAGGCCCAAAAGGGUCAAAGGGUGAUACAGGUGGCAAAGGUGACACAGGAUCUGCAGGUCCACGGGGACCACCUGGACAGAAGGGUGAUCAAGGUGCAACGGAGAUAAUUGAUUAUAAUGGCAAUAUCCAUGAAGCUCUGCAGAGGAUUACCACCCUAACUGUCACGGGUCCACCAGGACCACCAGGACCCCAAGGACUCCAAGGGCCAAAGGGUGAACCAGGAUCCCCAGGAACUCCAGGAGUUGAUGGGGAACAGGGUCCUAAAGGCUCAAAAGGGGAUACAGGUGAACCUGGAAUGCCUGGAGAAAAGGGAGGAAUUGGACUGCCUGGCUUGCCAGGAGCCAGUGGUAUGAAAGGUGAAAAAGGAGAUGUUGGUUUGCCUGGUGCCCAAGGCCCUUCAAUCAUAGGACCACCUGGACCAGCAGGGCCACAUGGUCCUCCAGGCCCUAUGGGACCUCAUGGACUGCCUGGCCCAAAGGGUGUAGAUGGCCCAGUUGGUCCACAUGGCCCUGCAGGUCCUAAAGGGGAGAGAGGUGAAAAGGGAACUGUAGGUGACCCUGGACCGAGAGGACCAUACGGCUUGCCUGGCAAAGAUGGCGAGCCUGGCCUUGAUGGCUUCCCUGGUCCUCGAGGAGAAAAGGGUGAUAUAGGAGAAAAGGGAGAAAAGGGAUUCCGUGGAAUUAAGGGGGAAAAAGGGGAGCCAGGCCAGCCUGGCCUGGAUGGGCUGGAUGCCCCUUGCCAAUUGGGUCCUGAUGGAUUACCAAUGCCUGGCUGUUGGCAAAAGUGAUGACUCUAACCUUACAAGCAUGAAGUUGUGUAUAUAGUGCUCCACUUUUUUGUAUUUAUAGUUGAAAACUGAAAAUUUGAUUUUACAAGUCUGAGAUAUGUUUACAUGUAGAUGCUUCUGCUUGUUUGCAGUAGUCCAUGUGUAGUACAUCUUUUUUUUCCACUUACAUCUGCAGUUAGAUGAUAUAUAACUGCAGGACAAACCUGCAAAGAUUCUCUCUCUCUAGAGAGAUCUAUAUAGAGCUCAAUAAUAGAAAUCAGAUUAUUUCUGUAAAUUCUUAUAUUUUGGCUUGUGGACUUGCAUGGACAAUGAGUGCCAUGAACUAGUUUACAAGAAAUUGUGACCAAAUAAGAGCUAAAUGCUAUCAAAUGUACUGUACCAGCUGCCAUUGGAGUUUACUGACUUGGCUUCCAUGUCCAUCUUAAACGCUUCACUGAUACAUGCCACCGUAUCUGCUUGCACAGACUAAAAAAGCAUGAGUUGUGUGCCAAACCUGCUUGUUGUGUGAUCAUGUCACAUGCUAAAUGGCUGCUCACUGUGACCUUUGCUUCAAACUUCUGAACUGUUUCCUUUUAUCAUCUCAAGGGAGUCACACCAUGGCUUAUUGCUAAAAAGAGAUAAAGCAGAGGAGAGUAGAAAGAGGCCUUGAAUUUUUGGGGAACACAGUUCCAGCUGCAGGUGGAUGGCUUCCAGUUCUGCGGGUCACCCUUUGCACCAAAAGGGUCCCACCUGUUAAUCAGCAUCGGUUUGCCUUGCACUGCUCACAGUCAUGAAGACAUUCGCGAUAGGACGUGUCGACUGCUUAAUCAAGAAGGAAAGAAGUUUGAAGAAGAAGCCAGACUUCUCUGUGGGUUGCUUGAAAAGGUUGCAAAGAUGCUGUGGGGAUCAUUGGACAGCAGACGCUGCUGGAGACCAGACGCUUCUCAACCUUACUCAAGGAUUGACACAGUAUGUGCUCUACGUACUGCAUUUUGGGACUGCUGAAAGAAGAAGCAUUUCUGAGACGGGGAUGAAUUAGGACAUUCUCCUCUGGCGAAUAAUGGAACUGACCAGAUACCCAUGUACCGUAGUGUGGUUUUUCAGGUGAUUCACUUUAAGUUACACAGAAUUUGCUGAACUUUGCUGCAAAAUUUUGGAAGCUGUGGUUAAUUUUGUUUAAUUUUUUCCUAGCAGUUUCCGUAAAGGAUAUGUUUCAAUAAUCUAUUAAACAUUUGUGAUGAUGGCUUUGAAGAAAGUACAUCAAGUCACACGUUCAUCUUGUUUCAGUAUUAACAGUUUUUCUUUUUACAGUUUUUGAAGCCUUUAAGAAAAGAGUUUAUUUUUGGGUUUCACAGGCUGAUUUUUUUCAUCUUGUUCUUUUUCUGCUGUUGCAAUGAUUUUCGUGGACAUUGUUACCCAAAAAAACAUUAGAGAAAUGUCUGCGUGAUUACUGUCGCGCGCUUGUCAUCACAGUACACUGCAAAAGGUGUAAUUCUUUCUCCAUUUUUGAUCAGAUGACUAGAAUUCAAGAGAAACACUGGGUACAUUUUGCUUCUCCAUUUUUUAAUUACUAGAAGUACUUAAUUGGUGCACAGUUGUAGUUUUUGCCACAAGGUAUUUUGUAUGGUUUUGAGUCUUCAUACGGUGCAUUGUACUUAGUUUGAGAGACUACUUUGUGAGAGAUGGUGCCAUAUUUGGCAGGCGGAAAUUCUUUUUAUAUCACCUCAGUUCCUAGUAUAUAGCAGGAUGAUAAUUAUGUUAGUUACUUUUUUGAGAGUUGUCUUUCAUGUGUAGACCAAAACUUGAGUUGAGGAAGACAGCUUGUCUCCAUUCAUGUGUGGUUACCUUGCCCAUCUUGGAAUGUAUGUUUUUUUCCUUGCUCAGUGAUUUCUGAGUCGCGUGAAGAUGGGGACCUGCUGUGGUUGCACUUUCCAGGAUCAGUUUAGAAUCUCAGAUCAGUACAAAUGCCAGUGUAGUGCUGUCUCUCACUUUGCUAAAUGUUUAUUGUAAUUUUGCUAUAUCAGAGACAAAAAUAGCCUUUCCUGGUGGAAAAUCUUCCACAAAUUUUUUUUAAUCUAAAAGCGACUAUAGAGGCCUCCAUCUAAUAGCACCCUACUAAUAAAAACAAAAUUCCCACAGGAAAAAACAUUCUAUAUAUACAUUUUUUUUUCUCGCAAUAAGAAAUAAACAAGUGUUCAUACAUAUGAGGAAGAAUGCUUUUCUUUGCUUAAAUUAACUUCUCAGAGAUGCAAGUAUCCAACUAUUAUGAAUAAUACUGAUUACAAUAGUAAAAGUAUUUGUAUUGCAUAAUUUAAUAUAAAAUGUUAUUAAUCACAUUGAUACAGCGCUAACAUCAAUAAGAAAUUCUUCCAGAAAGGGGACAAGAGGAGCAUCAUGUAAACCCUUCUACUUCCUAGGUUUAUUCUGCAGUUUAAGAGGAACCAUCUCAAAAACAGAAAGAAAAACAACAACAACUACUAUUACUACUAAAACAGGCUGAGGAAGAGGGUACCCCCCACCCUGCCCAGCCUAAAGGCGUUUCUUAUACCUAUGUCUUGACUUGACACAUUAUAGAUGUAAAGACUAGAAGUUGCAUGUUUUUAUACACUAUCAUAUACUGGCAACUAUGCAGUAAGAUAUAGUAUUUUUAAAACGUCCCUCGGAGUGUUCGCAUGCAAGAUAAAGUGGGAUGUUUACUAUUUGGCUAAUCGUUUUAGCAAUCCCAUAUCGAGACAGUCCACAAACACAACUCAUUUUAAGAAAUAGCAUCAAGAUAAAGAACUAUUAAAUGCAUCAAUAAAACUAGCAGAACUUUGGUUCAUGGUUUCAUCAUUCAAAAAAUAAGAUUUAUCAUCAUUACUGUUGAAUAUAUUAUUUUGACUUCUAAACAUCAGUCAGAACUUGGUUCUCCUUUAAGGCCUGAAGAAACACUUAAAUGCAUUUAUUCAUUUUCUUUUCUGUCUUGCAAAGUAAUUUCUUUAGUUGACUGCCUCCAGAUAGGAAUCUUGUUUAUCUCAAUUAAUUUAAUUUAUCUUAACUUCCUAAAGCCUCUGUUUUGUUUAGUGUCAUGAAAGGUUUGUUCCAUUUAAAUUAUAAUGGGUGAACAGCAGCUACACAAUGUAAUCUGACAGGUUAAACUAAAUAUACAGAUUUGAUAUUAAUAUUUACAUAAAAUAUUUGCAUCACAAAGAUUUACUUGAAGUGAAACCCAAUAGUACCUAGAAAAGUUGCAUAUAUAGUACACAAAAAGUAAGUUGGGUUCAAUAUUUCAUUAAGGAAAAGCACCCUGUGAAGACUUGCAACACUUUUUUUUUAAGCAAUUACUUUUGGUGCUAGUGUAUCUUUUUUCUCUUGAUGGCAAAGCUACAGUUUGAACCACCUGUGUGUGUGUUGCUCUAACUUUUAGUAGCAUUCCUCCUAGUAGGUAUGAUUUGCUUUGCUUAAUUUGUGAGCUCACUGAAAUGUUAGUUCCUCUGCCAGUCUUGUUAGCUGUAGAAAUGUGUCAGUGAUAUUAGUCUAUACGGUUUCUAUAUCCCUGACUUUUUCGGAUAUGAUUAAUUCUUGUUCCUUUGACAGCUUUCAGUAUUUUUUUGAUACUGGGUUUUGUAAACAGCUGUUGCUCAAGUGUAUUAUAAUCACAUUUGUGCAGAAGUUCUGCUGCAGAAGCAGUAAGUCUAUUAAGCACUGUUUGAAAUGCAUCUAAAGCACAUAGCUAAUCUAUGAAGACAAAGACUAUGGGGAAUCUUUCUUUCAGGAUGCUUUGGACACCAUUUUUUUUUCCUGAGAUUAAAGCAUGAAAUGUUAAUUCAUGGAACAAUUAUAUAAUGUAUUUUUUGAUUUAUAUUUUUAUUUAUUGCUGAUUUUGAUGUCACUUUCUGAUAUUGUAGCAAGGCAGAAUGAGCUUCAUCCAGCUGUUUUUAUAUUCUUUUUUGUCUACCAUGUAAGUAUUAUGAACAAGUUUCAAAAAGAUCACAUCAGGAUAUCUGCAUCCAUUUAAAGUAUCCAGUUUAAAAAAAGGAUUAUCCUGAAAAUUCAUGUAUAACGUGGAAAGUUAGCAGCGGUUCCACUAGGCUUUACAGUAGCAGAAGAGUAUGUGUAUUAGCAUUUGGUUACUCAGUUAUGCCGGGAAGAGCUGACGCAGCCCCAAAUGGCCCACGUAGCCCUUCGGUGCGAGCGGGAAGGCGGUGCUGUUCAAGGCUGAGCGCUGGGGCAGGAGAUGAGGUUUAAAUCCUGGGUCCUACCUGAGUUUAGAGAGAGUCAUUCCAGUGACUUCUCUUCAUUGACCUGGGCUCAGCUGUGCAAGGCUUGUCGCCUUCCUGUGCCUCACUUUCCUCAGCAAUAAAAUGGGGACAGUGAUACAUCCUUCCCUUGGAAAGCACUUUGAGACAUUCGUGGGAAGUGAGCUCGGUCUUAUUCGGCAACAAAAGGAAUGCUGUAGACUUCAAUAUUAGUGUUUUUGCCUAAAUCAGGACUACUUCAGUGAGUGAAAACUGCAAAAAUACUCCCAGUCUCUUGAACGUGCUUAAGAUGUUACAAAACACACAGAACUGACCUUUCCUUUCAAGUUUCCUUACCUCUGCUACUUGACCAUCUUAAAUUAAAUUACAAUUUAAAAUCUCUAUAUAUUACCUUAUGAGAGACCUUAAGUUUUCACACUAAAAAGUGUCACACAAAAGUACUGAUGUCUGCAAAGACAGCAGUCAAAAACAAGUCUAAUUUUAGACAUUGAAAAUGAUUCAGUUUCAGUGACCAGAAUUAAGACAUCUGAUUUGUUUUCUUUCCACAACUUUCUUAUUAUGAGUCUGAAUGUUGCUAUAACUUGCACAUGACGAUUUUCUUACACCCUCUGUUGUUUAAGUAUUUUACAAGGUGGCUGGAUUCAUUAAAUGAUGUUAGCAACAAGUGCCUGCCACCAUCCUUUCUGUGACAGAAUCUGAAAAAGAUGUUUCACAAAACAAAUGGAAUUUGUAUUUAAAAAAAAAAAAAGGAUUUGGAGUGUUGUUUUUGUUUCAUUCUGUUUUUUUAAAUGCAUCCAAUUAUCAAUGCUGCUUUAAAUUGAUUUUCUUUGGAAAAGAGGGGGCCUUAACUUAACCUGGGACCGUUAUUGUUUUACUUGUUUCUAUUUAAAAAAGAAAUUGUAUAAAUUUCCCAGAUACCAUUGGUACUUGCACACUUUUCUGAAGUAUUAUGAAGAGUUGGGUUGAUGGAAGAAUGUUUUACAUAUUGUUAACAUAUAUGUGGAUAUUCUUAUAUUAUUGUACAUGUUUGGGAAAAUAUCACACAACUUUUAAAAUGUUACUAAGAUGUAUGUAUCUGACUUUUUCCUUUGGAAA